UGUGUGUGUGUGUGACAUCAUGGUUAUGUUCAUUGAAGAUCUUUACCUGUGCGGAAGAGUUGAGGAGACAGGUGAACAUUCAGAUUUCCAAAUGGCCCGCACUCAUCAAGCAGCAACAGUGCUCUGGACUGCUCUGCUGGUCAGCUGGACAGUCACUGGUUAUAAAAAUGGAAAAGUGGAGAAAGCCUGUGACACCAUGGUCCCAGGACACGGCGGUCAUCCCAACACAACCACCAGCCCAUACACACUGAAUGUGGGCACCAAGACAUUCAAGUCUGGCGAUCAUAUAAAAGUGAACCUGUCUGGACUUCAGCACUUUGAAGGCUUCCUGAUUGAGGCCAGAGAUACGGAGGAUCCAGCUGGACUUGCUGUCGGCUCCUUCACUCUGAUCAGCCCUGAGAUCAGCCAGCUUCUGCAAUGUCAUAGCAUCAAGGGUUCUGCUGUUAGUCACACCAGCAACACCAAACUGACUGAGGUUGGUGUGGUAUGGACCGCCCCCGCUGACGCUCCUCCAACUGUUCACUUCAUGGCUACAGUGGUGGCUCAUUACAGCAACUUCUGGGUCAAGAUCCCCAGUCCAGUCAUCACUCAGGAUGGAGUGACCCCAAAUCCAACCACGCCCACUACCUUCACCAGCGCUUCAACUGAGACCACCGCAGUGUUACCCCAACCAUUCAGCUCGGACGGUUGUGGUCAGGAGAAAUCUUGCCUGUUGGACCCGGUCCACUGCAACCCUGCCACAGAUACACACUGCUUCUUCCUGUCCUACAGAACUGAGGGUUCCAGUGUGCAGUUUGAGCUGAGUGGGCCAGCGCCGGGAUACGUCUCUUUCGCUCUCUCUGAGGAUAAAUGGAUGGGUAAUGAUGACGUUUAUCUGUGUGUAAAUGAUGGAGGGCGUGUAAGUGUGGAAGCAGCAUAUGCGACAGGCCGCACUCACCCAGAGAUUGCAGAUAAGGCUGAGCUGAGUGAUGUGGGUUGGAGAGUGGCUGACGGGGUGAUUCAGUGCAGGUUUCGUAGAGCCAUCAGCAUCCCUGAGGAUCCACAGCGCUUUAGCCUCAACCACAGUUACUACCUGUUCAUUGCACACGGCGCUGCUGAAGACGGUCUGAUCCAUAAACAUAAACGUCAGCCCCUCAUAUCAGCUCAGCGGCAGGCCAUUACCGGUCCACCGGAGAUAGCAACCGGAUCCCGCUCUCCUUUAAUGAUGAAAUAUCACGGUGCUCUGAUGCUGUUUGCGUGGAUGGUGUUGGGAAGCACUGGUAUCUUCAUGGCAGGCUUCUUCAAACCAGACUGGCCUGAAAAGACCCUGUUUGGACAAAGAAUCUGGUUUAUGGUGCAUCAUAGUCUGAUGAUGCUGACUGUGAUUUUCACAUUUGUGGGUUUCAUUCUUCCUUUCAUCUACAGAGGACACUGGAGUCGGGGAGCCAGUGCUCACGCUGGUCUGGGCUGCACUGUGAUGUCUCUUACUGUAAUACAGCCCAUAAUGGCUUUCUUCAGACCAUCUCCAGACUCAUCCCGGAGGUGGAUAUUUAACUGGAUGCACAGGGGAGUGGGGAAAACUGCAGAACUCCUUGCAGGCAUUACCAUCUCUUAUGGGAUGCAUCAGCAGUCUCUGCUCCUCCCGUUCCCCUGGACCACUGGUGUUUUUGUUGGAUUUAUAAUUUUGGUGAUACUUUCGAAGGUGAUCCUGUUCGUAUACAGAAGAAAUAUCUGUAAGCCAGGCGCUGAGCGUCCUGAUGAACUGGCCAUUCUCUCUGAUUCUUCUGUGAGCAAAGGCUGGGACACAAAGUUGAAGGUGGUCAUCCUGGCUGCGUUUGUUGGUGUGAACUGCCUGUUCUGUACUGCUCUCCUCUGCUCCAUUAGUGCAAUAUAACACACAUUUCAGCACCCAACACUGACCGGUAACGACAUCCCAGAACCAAGAACACUCAGCAUCUCAUAAGAACGACCACAAGACUCCGUUUCAGCAGUUAAUAUCUCUUUAUUUAAGGGAUAAAUUAAUAGAUUGCAUUGAAAACAUGGUGUAAGGAAAAUGAAUCAAGCUUUAUAUUAAUGUGCCAUCUUUCAAUUCUGUCACAAAGCAUAAAUAAUAAUGAAUAUUAAUGAACAUCUACAUAUACUCCCAUUCUAUAAUUAUUCACUGGCAAGAAUAAAUGAUUUUAAGCAGGCAAUAAUCAUGGCUUGGAAACACCAACGUUCAGAAAAUCCA